GGGUGUCUCCUUCUCCUGCCUCGCAGGGCUCACACACAAGCGACCACACGCCGACCACCACCACCAGCUACCUCGCCGGCCGCCAUGGCCGCCCGCCUCGCGGCCCGCCGCCUCCUCGGUCUCGCCUCCGCCUCCGCUUCACAGUCCGCCGCCCGCCGAAUCGCUCCUUCUCCGAUCUCCUCCCCCGCCGCCGCAGCCGCCACGGGAUACUUCUCCAGGACCUUCUCCUCGGCGCUUAACUACCACAUCGAUUCGCCGGAGAACAGCCCGGACAUGCCGUGGGAGUUCACGAAGACGAACAUGGAGAAGGUCAAGGAGAUUCUAUCUCAUUACCCAAGCAACUACAAGCAAUCUGGUAUCAUCCCAAUGCUUGAUCUUGCACAGCAGCAGCAUGGCGGAUGGGUCCCGGUUGCAGCAAUGGAUGCUAUUGCUAAAAUUGUCGAAGUUGCGCCGAUCAGGGUCUAUGAAGUUGCAACAUUUUACUCAAUGUUCAACAGGACUAAGGUAGGAAAAUAUCACCUUUUGGUGUGUGGAACUACACCUUGUAUGAUUCGUGGUUCACGUGAUAUUGAGGAAGCCCUGUUAGAACACCUUGGAGUUAAACGGAAUGAGGUGACAAGCGAUGGUUUAUUUUCUGUCGGGGAAAUGGAAUGCAUGGGUUGCUGUGUGAAUGCUCCCAUGAUCGCGGUGGCUGACUAUUCCAAAGGUUCAGAUGGUUACUCAUACAAUUAUUACGAGGACCUCACUCCAAAGCGUGUUGUUGAGCUGGUUGAAAUGCUGAGAAGAGGAGAAACGCCCCCUCGCGGCACACAGAACCCAGAGCGGAAAAACUGUGGUCCUGCUGGAGGGAACCUCACCUUGCAAGGCGAGCCAAAACCUCCGCCAUGCAGGGACCUCGAUGCCUGCUAGGUUUGCUAUGAGCUACAAGCGGAUAUGUAUGCCUGCUAGGUUUGCUUUGAGUUACAAGCACACAAAUAAGUCGGUUCGCAGUGUAUGUUGUUGAAACCGCAAACAACUGAUAGGCAAUUUGAUCUUUGUGGUCACCAUCUCUUGUUUCUUUUUUAUUCAUUUGUGCCAUCAGCUAAACUGCCACCCAUUAAUAGAGAUAGUGCUGUUUCAAAGUUGAGGUGGCGAAACCUUUGUAUUCGCCAAAAGAAACUGGGGCCCUGGGCAUCCUUGGAGAAUCGAUCGCAUUUGCUGUUAUGCUACUCCUGCAGUGUUAAACUCUUGUUGUUCGUGCAUUAAAGUUUAAACAUGGUACCUUAAGCCUUACGGUCCA